GCAAAGGAGGCGAGAGCGAGAAACCCGCAUCAGUGCGCGAUUCUUCCCCCGCAUCGCCCGCUCCCUAGCUCCUGUCAUUCGUCUUUAAGGGCUCAUAGGUCUCUUCACCUUAGCGAGGAACUUGGUUUUUUCCCGUCUCUGUAUGAUGAGAAGUCGGGUCCAUGGGACGAGGGCUAUUUUAUAACCAGUGAAACGCUGGAUGGUGGAUGUCGUAGCGCCUUUUGGAAAUGCAAAAGACGAUGAAUCUUCCGUGCUGGCUAUUGCCCGUACUGUGGGGGAUGUCGUUUGGUGGAUCUCCAAGCGUUCAGAUUGGGGGUCUGUUCCCUCGAGGCGCAGAUCAAGAAUACAGCGCUUUCCGGAUCGGGAUGGUUCGGUUCGGCACGGCCGAGUUCCGACUGACACCCCACAUAGACAACCUGGAGGUGGCCAACAGCUUCGCCAUCACCAACUGCUUCUGCUCUCAGUUUUCCCGCGGGGUGUAUGCCAUUUUUGGGUUCUACGACAAGAAGUCGGUGAACACCAUCACAUCGUUCUGCGAGACGCUCCACGUGUCGUUCAUCACGCCAAGCUUCCCUGCCGACGGAUUCAACCAGUUUGUGCUGCAGAUGCGUCCGGACAUCAAGGGCCCGCUCAUCAGUCUCGUGGAGUACUACAAGUGGGAGACGUUUGCCUAUCUGUAUGAUGGUGACAGGGGUUUGUCAACGCUGCAGGCAGUCUUGGACACAGCAGCGGAGCGUAAGUGGCAGGUGACGGCGAUAAACGUGGGCAACCUGAAGGACGAGAGGAAAGACGAGGCUUAUCGCUCGCUCUUCCAGGACCUAGAGAACAAGAAGGAGAAGAGGGUCAUCUUAGACUGUGAACAGGACAAAGUCAAAGACAUCAUGGAGCAGGUUAUUACGAUCGGUCGUCAUGUGAAAGGCUACCAUUACAUCAUCGCUAAUUUUGGGUUUCUGGAUGGUGACUUGUCCAAGAUACAGUAUGGUGGAGCCAAUGUGUCAGGCUUCCAGAUUGUUGACUUUGAUGAUCCAAUCGUGGCGAAGUUUGAUCAGCACUGGGAAACCCUGGAAGAGAAAGAGUACCCAGGUGCUGACAGCAGGAUCAGGUACACCUCUGCGCUGACUUACGAUGCGGUGCAGGUGAUGACAGAGGCCUUCAAGUUCCUGCACAAGCAGCGUAUAGACCUCACCCGCCGCGGGAACAACGGAGAUUGCCUGGCCAACCCUGCAGUGCCAUGGGCCCAGGGGGUGGAGAUCGAACGAGCUCUCAAACAGGUCCGUGUGGAUGGACUGACUGGGAAUGUCCAGUUUGACCAGUAUGGGAAGAGAGUGAACUACUCUGUUAAUGUGAUGGAGCUGAAGAACAGUGGACCAGUCAAGAUCGGUUACUGGAAUGAGGUCGACAAAAUGGCCGUGACCAAAUCAGACUCAUUCUCCAAUGACACUAUGGGCAUAGAGAACAAGACUGUUGUAGUGACAACCAUUCUGGAAGCACCAUAUGUGAUGCUAAAAAAGAAUUCUGAGCUAUUUCUGGAAAAUGAGCGCUAUGAGGGCUAUUGUGUGGACCUGGCUGCGGAGAUUGCAAAGCAUUGUGGGUUUAAGUAUGCGCUGAGGAUUGUGGGGGAUGGGAAGUACGGUGCCCGAGAUGCUGAGACAAAGAUCUGGAAUGGAAUGGUGGGAGAGUUGGUAUAUGGGAAAGCAGACAUAGCGGUGGCUCCCCUGACCAUCACACUGGUCAGAGAAGAGGUGAUCGACUUCUCCAAGCCCUUCAUGAGUCUGGGCAUCUCCAUCAUGAUCAAGAAGCCUCAGAAGUCAAAGCCGGGUGUAUUCUCCUUCCUGGACCCGCUGGCCUAUGAGAUCUGGAUGUGCAUCGUGUUCGCCUACAUCGGCGUGAGCGUGGUCCUCUUCCUGGUCAGCCGCUUCAGCCCGUACGAGUGGCACAUCGAGGAGCUGGAGGACGGACAGCUCGGCCAGAGCGAGUCCACAAACGAGUUUGGGAUCUUUAAUUCUCUCUGGUUCUCUCUGGGUGCCUUUAUGCAGCAGGGAUGCGAUAUUUCGCCAAGGUCUCUUUCAGGGCGUAUAGUGGGUGGUGUGUGGUGGUUCUUCACCCUCAUCAUCAUCUCCUCCUACACGGCCAACCUGGCUGCCUUCCUGACGGUAGAGCGUAUGGUGUCCCCCAUAGAGAGUGCUGAAGACCUGGCCAAGCAGUCGGAGAUCUGCUACGGAACCCUGGAUGCGGGAUCCACCAAAGAGUUCUUCAGGAGGUCUAAGAUUGCCCUCUUUGAUAAGAUGUGGCAGUACAUGAAGAGUGCUGAGCCCUCUGUAUUUGUGAAAAACACGGUAGAGGGGGUCAUUCGGGUCAGGAAAUCCAAAGGAAAGUACGCCUACCUGCUGGAGUCCACCAUGAACGAGUACAUCGAGCAGCGGAAGCCGUGUGACACCAUGAAGGUCGGGGGGAACCUGGACUCCAAAGGAUACGGCAUCGCCACGCCCAAAGGAUCAGCAUUAAGAAAUGCGGUAAACCUUGCAGUGCUUAAACUCAAUGAACAAGGCCUGUUGGACAAAUUGAAAAACAAAUGGUGGUACGACAAAGGAGAGUGCGGCAGCGGGGGCGGCGAGUCAAAGGAGAAGACCAGCGCCCUGAGCCUGAGUAACGUGGCCGGGGUCUUCUACAUCCUGGUGGGCGGCCUGGGGCUGGCCAUGCUGGUGGCCCUGGUGGAGUUCUGCUACAAGUCGCGCGCCGAGGCCAAGAGACUGAAGAUGACCUUCACAGAUGCGAUGCGUAGUAAAGCCAGGCUGUCAAUCACGGGCAGUAUGGGGGAGAAUGGAAGGGUGCUGUCGCCAGAUUUCCCCAAAGCCGUCCACAGCGUCCCAUACAUACGGCCUGGCAUGGGAAUGACACUCAGCAUGAGUGACCUGUCCUGAGUGCCUUACACACACACACACACACACACACACACACACACACACACUCACACAUAUCAUAUGUUCAAAAACUACACACGCACACAAUACAAAUACAGGAAUAAAACUGUACAUAACUCUCACACAAUGCAGACAACUUACAAAUUUACAGCUAAUCACACACCCACAAACUCUGUAUCCACGCUUUGUACAUACACUUUCACUCACUUGCACACACUCUCACACACACACACACACACACACACACAAAGUUUUCUUCAUUUUUAUCAGACACCUUUGAGAUUGCUGACAUCAUUAUUUGCCUGCACUGAAUCUCAAAUUGACACGCCUGUUUCCAUAGCGACCCAUGGAGAGUUCCAGAUUCAGAAUGACACAAGCACACUUUUGCACCAUCUGCAUUCAGUUAUGACUUUUUCAAAUAACACUCAGAUAUUCCUACAUACAAUUAGCAUAUUUAAAAAAAUAUUUUCCAAAAAAGCUUUUCAAUGAAACUGCUUCCAUUUUGUUGAACAAUUAUCUGCAUUGAGAAGGCUUACAGUCUUAAUGUGUUAAAAAAGUCAAAAUGGUUCAUACUGAUGUAAUGUAGGUGAAAUGUUUUAGUAGUCUCAUUUAUUACUGUUAUUAUAUGAAGACAACAUCAUGUAUAUAUUUGGUUUAUAUGAUGUUAAUGUGAACAAAACACUGCUUGACAUGUACCAGAAACUUUUUUUGUUCUAUUUUCCUGUUUUCAUUUCUAGAAGUGUCAAUGUUUUCUUGGAUCUUCUUAUGUCCCAUCAAGGAUGCUGGCAGUAGUUUUAUAGAUUUAAACAUUUAAUAGAUAUUAAAAUACUUACACAUGUUUACACAUAACAAAUGCAAGUGGCCAUGUAGGUUCUACAAUUAAUAAAUAAUGUAACAAAUAGACUUCUAUAUCAAUAUAUAAUAAAUAUAGAAAUAAAUGUUUAAUACCCAGAGAGACAGAAUUAUGCCAAAUCACAGAGUGCCAAAACCUGCAGGUAUCUGACGAGUAUGGAGCUCCACCAUCUGAGUGACUGGAUGUCUGAGUGGCCAAACACACACACACACACACACACACACACUUAUGCAUGAACGCACAUAUACAUACAAACACGCACACAUACAC